UUAGACGAAGAAAGAAAAAAAAAGAAACAAAACCAAAAAUGCAAAAAGAACAAGAAAACAAAGAGAGUGCACUGGACUCUUUGCUGUGUCCAAGUUUCAGUGUUUAUUCUUCUAAUAACUUAAACGACGUCGCUGAACAAGUUAUCAUCGAAAACGACCACUUAGACUUCCAAUACGACAACGACAAUUUCGAAUUCGUCGCAUUUCAAAAAACCUCUGAUGAAGCUUUCUUCGAUCACCGUCGCGGCAAUACAACUCAAGGCGUUUUCUCCGUGUCUAAACGUCACGACGUGACGGAGAGUUUAAUUCCGUUACGGGAAUUGAUGAGCCGCGAUACUGACAGAAGAAGUAGCGAUACGGUGGAGAUUUCAAUUCCGCCAUUGUCAGAGAUGGAAGACGAUCUUGAUGUGGUUCCGCGGGCGUCUUAUUGCUUUUGGACACCGAAAUCUCCGAUGAGAUCACCGUUGGCUUCUCCAAUAAAAUGCAAGAAAAGCAAUUCCACUGGUUCGUCUUCGAGUUCUUCAUCUUCGAAGCGAUGGAAGUUUCUGAGUUUACUCCGGCGAAGUAAAAGUGACGUAAGCGAAGUGGAGAAAUCGAAGGUGAAAAGCAGUGGAAAAGAAAGCACAGAGAAAAACAUUGCGAAAAUUGCUGACAAAAAUUUUCCGGUAAAGGAGAGGAAAAUUCCGGCAGCGGUAACGGCAAUGGAAGCAUUUUAUUUAAGAGCGAAAGAGAUUAAGAGGAAAUCAUAUUUACCGUAUAAGCAAGAGCUAAUUGGAUUUCAUGCUACUAUUGGAAGAGUUCAUGUUUGAUUAAUUUUACUUCAAAGUUUAACUAUUUUUAGUCUAAAAAGAUAUUAAUUUCUUACAUUAUUCAGUUUUGGAAUAGGAAAAUGUGAAAAAGAAAAGUGAAGAAUAGUAUUACAUUUUAGAUUUUGUAUAGUGAUAUAUAAUAUUUUUGUAACUGCUUGAAUUAUGAUCAAUGGAAAAAGUGUGAUAGC